AUGCAUUUAACUGAAUAUUCCCUUUAUUUAUUUAUUUUUGUUCAAUGUGACAAACUGAUAAUUACUUAUGUAAAAUUGCAGAUUUGUUGCAUGGUGAUAAGAGUUAACCUAGACUGCAGUGGUUGCUGCAGGAAAAUGAGGAGGAUUCUUCUAAACAUGAAAGAGGUAGAGUCACAUGCCAUUGACAAGCAACAAUGCAAAGUAAUGGUUUGUGGAAGAAUAAGACCAUCAGAUGUGGCGAUAAAAGUGAGGAAGAAGAUGAACCGUAGAGUUGAAAUACUGGAAAUUCAAGAGCUGAAUGAGGGAAACGAACAAGAAGAUCAACAGUAACCCUUGAACAGUGGCUAAUUAUAGUCAUGUCAUGUUUGUGUCAUCUUACAACAGAGCCAGUCGCAGCAUUCCCUUUGAAAUUAAGCCUUGGCAGUAAUUGGUUUUGCAUGCAAGCUUGGAGAAAAUAACAUGGUGUUGAUUAUAAAGAAAAACAGGAAUUGAUUUCUAUAUUUGUUCAAUUAUGAUGAAGUCAGAGAUGAAGGGAACAGUUAGAUAUGUGAUUUGUAUUAGAAAUUUAAUUUUUAGUAAGCUGUAAAGAUGAUUGUACCACAGAAUUCAGAAGACUAGUAUUCCAAUUAGUAUUAAUAUAAAAGGCACAUAUACA